GCGCCGUGACCCCUCCAAGGGCGGAGCGCGGCAGGGCCGCUCCGGCUCCUCCUCUCGGCGGCGGGGCCAUGGCGGGCCGGGUGCUGUGGUGCUGCGGUCGGGCGGGAUGGGGCCCAGGGCCCCGCUGCCUCCCCGCCGCUCCCGGGCUGCGCCCCCACCGCGGCUGUGGGCAGGCGGCGGGGCCGUGGCCCAGGCCCGUGGGCUUCAGCGAGGAGCAGGCCCGGCGACUCCUCGGGCUGCAGCCGCAGCUCUCCCCGCAGCGGCGGGAGGCGGCGGCGGCGCAGCUGCUGCUGCUGGGGCUCAGCACCGAGGCCGCCCUCGACCUACUGGAGCGGAGCCCGGCGCUGCUGAAGCUGCCGACGGAGCGGCUGCGGGCGCGGGCCGAGGAGCUGCGGCGCCUGGGACUCGCUGAAGGUCAGCUGCAGCGGGCGGUAAGCCGCUGCCCCCAGCUCUUCACCGUGCCCCGACGGCGGAUGGCGGCUGCGGUGCGGCUGCUGCGGGAGCAGUGCCUGUUCACGGCGGAGCAGCUGAGGGAGGUGCUGGGGACCAGCCCCGCCGUGCUGCUGCAGGAGCCGCGCCUGCUCCACCACCACUUCCAGUAUGCCUACUUCAGGAUGGGGGUUCAGCAGAAGGAGAUGGUGAAGGCCCGGCUGUUCCAAAGGCCCUUCGCCGAGCUCAGGAACCGGCACAGCUUCCUGGAGAGGCGGGGGCUGUACCAGACCCCGUGCAAAGGCCAGACCCAAACCAGUAACCCAAAACUGAAGACCAUCCUUCAGCUACCAGAGAAAGAAUUCCUGGAGAGCUUAGCUUGUGCCACCCCAGAGGAGUACGAGGUCUUCAGGAAGCUGCUGGCUAGGGAGGAGGAGGAGGAGGAGGAGGAUGAAGAAGAGAAAGAGGAGGACGGUGAUGCACUAUACACAGAGGAAACUGAUGUCUUGGACAGUGAAACAAGUAAAACAGCCUGGAAAUGAGGAGGUGAGAGACCAUGGUACCCAAGCUCUACCCUGCUCGUGUAGUCCCUUGCCCCACUGCACUCGUGGCCACUCUGGACUCCCACUGCCCCCCAACGGCCACAAGUCCUGGCCGCUGCAGGGCUCUGAGUGCAGGGCCCUGCUAAGGGGCAGCAAUAGAUCUCAUUUCUGAAUACAACCACCUCAUUUCUCCUUAUCAAUCAAUUACUUUUAAAAUUAUCCAGUUUCCAUAAAGUGUUUUUAUUUAA